GCGUAAGGCAAAGCCUUACACCGUCCGCGCGGCCGGUACCUGCUCCUCUGGCGUGAGUGCGGCGCGUGGGUCGUGCGCGUGCGCGCUCGCCGGAGGCGCGGGGCGGGUGCGCCGGGCCGUUGCGGGCGCGAGGCUGCUGAGGUUGGCGGCAGCGGUGCCGCGCGCCCGUAAGACCGGUAGUUGCGGGGCCUCUCGCUUCGCCCCGGGCUGCUGGCAGCCGUGGCGGCCACCGGAGACCGCAAGGGGCGGAGGAAAGCAGGGGGCGGCGGGGGCCAGCCUCGACACGCAGAGGAUCAGCCGAGCAUGCCCCGAGACAACAUGGCCUCCCUGAUCCAACGGAUCGCCCGCCAGGCGUGUCUCACCUUCCGGGGCAGCGGGGGCUGCCGCAGCGCUUCCGACCACGGCGCGGCGCCGGGCUCCGAGGCCCCUAUGCCUCAGGGCUUCCCGGAGAACCUGAGCAAGCUGAAGAACCUACUGACCCAAGUCCGCGCGGAGGACCUGAACAUCGCCCCGCGCAAGGCCCCGGUGCAGCCGUUGCCGCCCAACCUACCACCGGUCACCUAUAUGCACAUCUACGAAACCGACGGCUUCAGCCUCGGCGUGUUCCUGCUCAAGAGCGGCACGUCCAUUCCGCUUCAUGACCACCCGGGCAUGCACGGCAUGCUCAAGGUGCUCUACGGCACCGUGCGCAUCAGCUGCAUGGACAAGCUGGAGGCGGGCGGCGGGCAGCGGCCACGGGCCCCGCCGCCAGAGCAGCAGUUCGAGCCGCCGCUGAAAGCCCGGGAGCGGGACGCCGUGCGGCUGGGCGUGCUGCGCUCGAGGGCCGAGUACACCGAGGCCAGCGGCCCCUGCGUCCUCACCCCACACCAGGACAACCUGCACCAGAUCGACGCUGUGGACGGGCCCGCCGCCUUCCUGGACAUUCUGGCCCCGCCCUAUGACCCGGACGAUGGCCGGGACUGCCACUAUUACCGGGUGCUGGAGCCUGUCAGGGACAAGGAGCUCUCCGGCUCGGCCUGCGACCUGCCCCGAGAGGUGUGGCUCCUGGAGACCCCUCAAGCCGAUGACUUCUGGUGCGAGGGGGAGCCCUAUCCAGGUCCCAAGGUCUUCCCUUGAAGCCGCCAGCGCCCGGUUGCCGUGGGGCGAAGACGUGCCCUGUUCACAUCUGGGCCUGGCUACCCGCGACCCACCAUAAGGGCUCUCUCCCUACCCGCAGGCCUGGGCUUUGGAUCUACUGGAAUGGGCUGUAGCUGCUUUCUCCGGAGCCGUGGGAAGCACUGGCGACUGGAGUGCAGCCGCGGGGUCGGGUUAAGGGGCGGGGAAGGCUAGUAGACUAGGUUGUUUCCUGGCUCUGUCACUGCCAUUGGGGUUUUGAUUUGGGGGAAAGGGGGGCAGGGGACUAUCUGAAGCGCUUCCAUCCUAAAGCCAUAAUGAAAAUAGUCUUUUCUCUGUUCUUUAUACUAUACAAAAUACACUAAAAGCCCCCACACCCCCUACCCCGGGUAAAUAGGAUUUGUUUUCCACCUAUGUCCCUUUUACUCCUUACUGUUAUAAUUCUAAUUUAUUGAUUGCAUGACCCAGUGGUUUGAAUUGUUUUUAGUUCAAGUCACUGGUAAAAACUAGGUUUAACAAGAUGAGCUACUAUGUAAAGUGAAAAUUAGAUCAUUUUUCCAGAGUUGGAGUAUCACCCCCAAAACAUAACUAUGCAUGUAGAGGACAAGAUUUGUUUUCUUUCCUCCUCUUGCCCGGUAGCCACAUCUGGUUUACUCUGGAAGCAUCUACCAAGAAAUCCAGCGCCUGCAUAUCUCAGUGACAGAUGAUCACUUAGAGCUUAUUGUCCCCUUGAGUCUCCAGAUCUGGGAGUUAAGCAGAUUUCUUAUUGCAGAUUCACCUUUAAUGCAAAAACUAUAUUACCUUCAAAGGACUUUUUUCAUUUUGGGGGGAGGGUCUUCGUGAGCUUUAAGAGGUGAUAGUUUAAUUCUGAGUUUUCUAACCAGAAGAUUCAAAGGAGCUGAAUCGCCAUGCUUCCAAACAACUGAAUGUAAAACACUUCUAGCCAGUUGUUGAAUUCCAUGCCCCUGUUUACUUCCAGUAUUUUCCUGCAAAAAUAGAGAAAAAUGUUGAUGACUGUUUCAAAUUCUCAGGAGCUCUAAUGUUCCAGAAGGCUGCUGGUUCCAGCUGUGUUGUUUUGAUGGCAGUGUUCUCCCAACAGUAGUGAGCCAGAGCUUGCUUCAUCUGGUGUGGUUUCUAUAGGAAGAGAGAAGGCACACAUGAUCAAGGCUACAAAAUAGAGAAUUACCUAUACUGCUGGCCAUUUUAGGGCACCAGAACGAGGGACAAAACACUAACCAACCUCUUAAACAGUUGUGCUAUCUGUAACUAGUUUUAUUUUUGUCCUUUCGGUAAGCUCAGCAACUUUACCUUGUUUACAAAUGUAUUUACACCGUUUGCUUCAGGCUAUGGAGCACUAUUGUUUCCCUCUUUUUACUAUUUAUAGGAUUCCUUUUUCACAACACUUUUAAUAAAAACAAACUGUAGAAAUAAACACAUUAAAAUCUG